AUGGCCCCAACUAAAGUGGCAGUCUUGGACGACUAUCAGGGAGUCGCAGACCCCUACUUCGCAAAACUCGACUCAUCCAAGUAUGAAGUAGUGUCUCUCAAGGAUACAGCGCUGCCUUACAACCACCCAGACAACACACAAUCAGGCAGAGAUGCAUUGGUAGAGAAGUUGCAGCCAUUUGAGAUAAUAUGUACCAUGCGAGAGCGCACACCCUUCCCCGCAGAAUUGAUCGAGAGACUUCCCUCUCUCAAGCUCCUACUCACAACAGCCUUCAGAAACAGAGCCCUGGACCUAGACUCCCUCACAGCAAGAGGCAUCCCCGUUGCCGGCACAGGCGAAAAGCCCAAGACCGGCAAGAAGACAGCUGGCGUCAGCAGUACCGUGCAGCACUGCAUCACUCUCAUCAUGUCUCUCGCUCGCGGUAUCGCCAGGGAUGAUGCCGCCAUGAAAGAAGGUCUGUGGCAAACAGGUCUUGCUACAGACCUCUCCGGCAAGACAAUGGGUGUCCUCGGCCUCGGAAGGUUGGGAGCCGCCGUUGCGAGGAUUCUGCACGUUGCAUUCGGCAUGAGGAUCAUUGCCUGGAGCACCAACCUCACUCAAGAGGCGGCAGAUGAAAAGGCAAGGGAAGCUGGUCUUCCUGUCGAAGACGCGGAUGGCGAAAAGACUUUCAAAGUAAUAUCCCGAGAGGAACUUUUCAGCCAAGCCGACGUUGUAUCCGUACACCUCGUUCUCUCAGACCGAUCACGCGGCAUCGUCAACGCCCAAGACUUGGCAAAGAUGAAACCAUCAGCCCUCCUCGUCAAUACGUCUCGCGGACCUCUGGUGGUGGAGAAGGAUCUUCUCGAUCAUCUCAAAGCAGGCCGCAUCAGGGGCGCAGCUCUCGACGUCUAUGAUCUCGAGCCUCUGCCAAAGGACAGCGAGUGGCGCAGCAAGAACUGGGGACGCGACGGAUCGAGUCAGGUCCUGCUCACGCCUCACAUGGGCUACGUGGAGGAGGAUACUCUCAAGUCGUGGUACGAGCAGCAGGUUGAGAACAUCGGUCGAUGGGCUGCCAACGAGCCUCUGCAGAAUUCGUUCACUUGA